AUGUUGGCUUUCUCCCUCCUAGUGGCCCUGCUUUGCCCGGGACUUUGGGGAACCGACCCGAAGGCGCGCAGAGCCGGGGGAGAAGGAUCGGGAGGAAGAGAAGGAGGCGUCGCAGAGCCCUGGUGCCCUUACAAGGUGCUGAGCGAAGACGGCCCGGGACGGCUAUGCUUCCGCAGCCCGGCGCUGGGUUUCCACUGCGCUCCGGAGCGCUGCACGGCUCACCGCUCGCCCGGCCGCGCCUUGCUGGCCAACGUGCUCCGCAACGGCAGCGUCUUGCUGCAGUGGGCCUGGCCGGCCGAUCGGCAGCCUCCCCUGCGGGGCUUCGCGCUCUCCUGCUCGUGGGAAGGCGCCUACACGCGUUUCCAGUGCGAGAGCGUGCGGCUGGGCGCCGCCUGCCGGGAUUACUUGCUGGCCGACCCGCACGGCAGUGUCCGCUACCGCCUCUGCCUCCAGCCCGUCUUGGGAGGCGGGGACGAGCCGGCGGCGGUAGCCGAGUGCGUGGAGUUCACCGUGGAGCCGGCCGGCAUGCGGGAUAUCGUCGUGGCCAUGACGGCCGUCGGGGGCUCCAUCUGCGUCAUGCUAGUCCUCAUCUGCCUCCUGGUGGCUUACCUGACCGAGAACCUUACGCCCUCUUCGGCCAAGCGGGGCAGCUGA